CUCCUUAUGUGGUCAUUGUACGCUCAGCCCUUUCAUUCCGGCUUUUUAUGCUAAUGAUAUUCUAAUGACAGCUGUAUGCAGUAGUAGUAAGAGCAUGCGCAGUGCGAGAAAGGAAUACGGCGAAGAUUCAAAGUUUUUGUUCAGUCUUUGCCAUAAACCCUACCAACAAACAGACUAUGUUUGGCUUUCACAAGUCAAAGAUCUACCGGAGUAACGACGGCUGUUGCAUCUGCAAGACCAAGUCAUCCAGUUCACGCUUCACAGACAGCAGUCGAUAUGAAGAGACAUUCGAGCUCUGUUUUGGGCUGUCAGAAGAUCGUGUUGGAGACAUUUGCAAUGCCUGUGUGUUACUGGUGAAGAGGUGGAAGAAGCUACCUAAUGGCUCCAAGAAGAACUGGAACCACGUGGUGGAUGCCAGAGCUGGUCCCGGCUUCAAGAUGACAAAGCCCAAGAAGACCAAGAACAGUGAUGGAAAGAAGAAAAGCAAGCUUAAGAAGCUUCACCUGUUAAAGAGACAAACAGACUCUGAUGCCCACAGCACGACCUCCAGUGUGUCUCCUGCACAGUCCCCCAGUUACAGCAACCUGUCAGAUGAUGGCUCAGACAUCGAGUCCAAACAAAGACGCCCGACUCCCUCUAUCUUCUCUUUCCUGGACCGUUUGUACUGGAAAAGGCAAAAGGUGUGCUGUGGGAUUGUCUAUAAGGGGCGGUUUGGAGAGGUGAUUAUUGAUCCUCGACUCUUCAAGCCCUGCUGCAGUUCCAAAAAACUGGCGUCCACACAAGUGGCCGCACACCUUCCAGACACACUUCCUCCACAACUCCCAGAAGACAUGAAAGAAACCUGGUGAUUGCUUUUGUUUAAUCCCCCUGUAGGGUUAUCCAUGGCAUCCUCCUGGAUUUGUCUCCAGUGGCAGACCUCCCAUUUCCACUCACCCAAUUAGAUCAGUUAGUUAGUUCUUUACUAUGUAAUGUUCCUUUUUAUAUGGGUAUUUUUUAACUUUUGUAUAGAGUUAAUUUUUCUUUUUUCUUUUUUUUUAUAGAAAACCAAAAGAAAAAAAAAAAAACGUAUUAUGGGCAUUAGUGUUAUUUAUAGGUUGAGGAAGCAAAUUUUGUCAAGGCUCCAGUUCUGAUUUGGAAUUGUUUUUGUUUAUGUAUUAAGUGAUCAACAUUGUAAAUAUUUUGUCACCUUUUCAUGCAUAUCAAGACUGUUCUAUUUGUUUCCAUAAUUUCUCAUUUUAAGUGUGCAGAUGAAAGUCACCAGCUAUUCUAAUACCAGCUUUCUGUUUAUGUUGGAGUCGUUCUUCAACGUUGCAGCAAUGUUUUGUCUUAUGUUAGUUUCAUAGUGUGAAUGCGUGGGUCUGUAGGAUUUGUUGUACACAAAUGGCUGUUGGUCACCCCAGGAAUCUUUAGUACAACUGUUCUCAAUGAAUUUAAUAAGCUUUUAAUGUGUGUAUAGAUAAGAACGCUUAAGCAUGCUACAAGUUUAAACCACUCCAUUUAGAUUUUCCCAUCAGAUGGUGCACAUUGGCUUGGAUAGAUGUGGUUAGACCAUGCAUGCAGGACAUUCCUCUGCCUUUUGGAAUGACAAGUGAUUUUAUUUAUUUCUUUUGUACAGCCUCUAAUGAUUUUACAAUGCAUGUUGUAAAGCAAAUGGAUUUUGUAAAUACACAAAGGUUUAGCUCUUGGUACAUCAAACCUUUUUAAAUUACAGGAAUAGCAAACCACUACUUCUGUAAAGAUUUGUGUGUGAAAGGUGCUAAAAACGUACUUUUACGCUAAGCCAGUUGAUAGGUUUUAUCACAUUUUCACAUCUCAUUUUCUCAGGCAUAUUUCUGUAAAGGUGUGCAAAGCUGUAGCUUGUGUUCUGCGGAAAUAUGUGUAAACUGCAGGGACUGGUAAAUGGUUAAUUGCAGCAACAGUGAGCUGCAAUACUUUUUUUUUUUUUUUUUUUUUUUUUUAAUUGCUAAUUCCAUGCAAUGGUCAGAAACAGAACCUACAGGAAACAUGACCUAUGUUUUUUGGUUAGUCUACAUUUUUGCUAGAAAAUGCUUUUUGAGAAAAUGUGUUUGCCAUUUCCGUGAUCUGUCUUCAGAAGCAAUUGUUGAAUUUCAAACUAUGCAGACAUUUUGAAUGUGAGAAAUGCUCUGGGGGGUGUCUAUCACUCACACUAUAACAGUUUAAAGUGAUGGAUUGUUAUUCAACCAAACUGGCUUGUAAAAAGCAUCUAUUAUUUCAGUAAUGACUUUCCUAAUCAAAAUUCAAUUGUAUCAAGAUAUUUCUUGUGUAUGUAAAGUUAAAAAAUAAUGCUUAGAUUGCACAGUUUUAGCCAUGGUGCAUACUGUCUCAAAUUAAUACUGUAAUGAUGUCUUUUUUUUUUUUUUUUUUUUUGCUUUAUUGUAAUCAAUCUCAAACUUCCUGAAAUGACAGGCAGUGCUUUGUGAAGUUGCUUAAUAUAUAAACAUUUCUGCGGCAGGGUAGUUAAAUGCUGAACAAGUUUUAUGAUUUUUUUU